AUGGACAUGUAUGCAAUGCUCAGACUUUACCAGGAACUGCCACGAAUCACUGUUAUCGUAGAUGUCGCAAUGAGACUAGUCAACUAUUCAAGAGUACUUUGGCCAUUUGCACAUAGUACAGUGUUUAUGUUGAGAGACAUGAGACUGUUUCUAGAAGCUCUCGAAUACUUCGAUGAACGUAUACAGUACAAAAAGCAGGAAAGAGGAAAUCUCAUCGGCUUACUGUUGUGCUGCAUUUCCAUUCUGCUAAUCCUGGCAGAAUUCGCUUUAGCUCCUGUCUAUUUUCGCCGGUACCCUGAGAAUACACGCGUAUUACAGUGGAUAUUGUCUGUAGUGAUCAGGGGCCUGGAAUCCCUCGUCCUGCUACAAAUCACCACACUUGUACUCGAACUGCGAGAGAGAUUUCGUAUACUCAACGACUGUAUCCUGACGACUGCCACUCCUCACAGCAACAAGCACAUUUCUCGUAUCCUCCUGGGCUAUGUUCGACAACCGGAUCUGGCAACCCAGCUUGGAGUGGUCCGGCUGCAGCACGCACACGCAGUUCUCCAGCGGGCAGCAGAAAUCCUGCAACGCCACUUCGACAUCACCUUGGUUCUGCACGUGACGACAGCGCUCUCCGCUCUCAUAUACGGUGCGUAUGAGUUCCUGGUGAUGUGCAUGGCGCCAGAGAAGAGCCACGCCACCGUGGUCAACAAUUCCAAGGCGUCGGCAGCAACGUGGCUGACGUCUCACAUCCUGAACCUGGUGGCUGUGGUGCUCUCCUGCUCGGCGACGGUGGACGAGGCAGAGCGCACGCGCGACUUGGUGGUGAGGGUCGCCACGCUGCAGGGGCGCCCCUUUCUAAGUGCUGGGAUGGAGCCGCUGCUGACGCAAGUGCUGAACUCUCGCCCGCUGUCGUUCGAGGCUGCCGGUUUCUUCACCAUCGACCGCCAUCUAUUGGUGUCCGCUCUCUGCGUCACCAUCACAUACUUAGUCAUAUUAGCUCAGAUUUCUCUCAGUUAA